AUGUUGUACGAACAUUAUGGAUUGAUUCGUCCAGUUCCCAUCCCACAAUCACUCUCUGAAUUCUCUUGGAAAGAUGGACAACGCUUUGGCCGCUGGCUUGGUUUGGACACAGAUGGCAAGCCAGAAGUGCGCCGACAAUUUGAGGCGUCCGAUAUAGCCCGGCUUUCUUUGCAGUUUGUCAAACUAUUGAUAGCUGGCAAAUGUCCGUCAAGUGACUGUUGGGAUCUUUCACCAAGUAACCACGAGUCUUUGGUGUUUUCCAAGCGACUAAAAUCAGUGUCAUUAUCUUUUUUCAAACAGAUUCAAGCCAACCACCGUUGGAUCUUUGUUUUCGACUUCAAGAGUGAGGCGACCGUGCAUUGGAAGCUCGCGGUGACUACUGCUGCUGAUGUACUUCUGGUCUGUAGACUUGAUCCACGUUAUAGGGAGGCUGAUAUUGCCUGCUUUUUGAUAGAGCGUGGGGUGCCUUUCCGUACACUGGUAUGGAAAAGUAUCAUGUCUAACCCCCCCCCUAGUAUGCCCAUCAUCUAUCAGCUCCCUUCUCGUGGCCCCCAUUAUGUUUUUAGCAAGCGUGAUUUUGAUAGUUACAUUCAUCUCCGAGAGAUUCUGGUCCGUCAACCACGUAUCCGUGCAGCUUUGCUUCGAGGGGGAUGUCAUGGCGGUUAG